AUGGCUGGUUCGGCGCCCAACCUCUACAGCUUCGCAAACACCGAUGCUUUGGCCCAGCAACUGCGGCCUUACGUCCUCCGCAUCCAGAACUCGGCUUUAAGUCGUCACAGCACCUUCCGGGUCGCCGUCUCUGGUGGUUCCUUGCCGAAGGUGUUGGCACAAUCUCUCCUCGCGCCUGGAGAUGGUUCCGAGGAGGAUACUGCUCAGUUCUCCAAGUGGCAGAUCUUCUUCGCCGAUGAACGCGCCGUACCCCUUGAUCACGAGGAUAGCAACUACCGUUUGUUGAAGGAUGAAUUGCUCGAUAAGAUCCCAGCGGAGCUUGGCGCUCCAACCGUGCAUACGAUCGACCCAGCUCAUGUCAAUGACGAAGACCCCCAGGAGCUGGCCGACUUGUACCAGGAAGAGCUCAUGCGCUCAUUUGCCGCCAAAGACAGCGUGAAGCUGCCCGUGUUCGAUCUUAUCCUCUUGGGAUGCGGUCCUGAUGGUCACACAUGCAGUCUUUUCCCUGGACACGAGCUCCUCCGAGAAAAGGAUGCUUGGACCGCAGCUAUCAGCGAUUCUCCCAAGCCUCCUCCGAAGCGCAUCACCCUGACUUUGCCCGUGGUUACGCACGCUCUAAACAUCGCAUUCGUCGCCACUGGAGGCGGAAAGAAGGAUAUCAUGAAGCAGAUCUUUGAUGCUGAAGAAGGAAGAGACCUGCCGUCUUCCUUGGUCAACCAGGGUGGUGGUGAGAAAGUCAGCUGGUUCACUGACCAUGCGGCCCUUGAAGGUGUUGCCUUCCCCAGACGUGGCAGUUUGUAG